AUGGAGAUCGCAAUAGAAUAUAUCUACAAUGGAUCAAUUAAAGAAGAGUCUUUAACAAAAGAUAAUAUAAUUGAAGCUUCUUACGCUACCGACUAUUUUCAUUUAUCAGAAUUAUUAUCUAAAUUUGCAGAAAAAAUUCCAUUAACGAAAAAUAAUAUUCUUUUAAAUUUAUUGGUUAAAGCAGCAUUACAUACCAUUGAAUUUGAUCGUUUGUCUAUUGCAAGUCUUCAAUAUCUUUAUAUUGUACUUAUGAAAGAAAAAGCCUUUUGCAACGAAGUUUUUCGAUAUAGUGCUACUCUUGCAGCAAAACAUGAUGCGUAUAAAACUUUCAUGGAACGAUUACCAACCUUGGAAAAAAUAGGACAGGAUAAUGGAAAAGUCGCAUGUCUGCAAAAGAAAUCUUAUUUAGAUGUUUGGAUUGGAGUAUAUACAUCAGAAGAUUUAAAUCAUGAAUUUUUGACGGGAAGGCAAACUAUUAGAUAG